AUGGCGAUAGAACCGAAACCAUCUCUAAAGGCUCAAGUAACAGCCAUUCUUUUUUCAGGCAAGGAUGAGACCACCGAGAAGAGAUCAGUUAGCUCAAUACAUUCUGAUUCCCUAUCAACUCAAAAGACAGAUGGGGAUUACCGAAUAGUUGAAUUCUCCCCGGAUGAACUACUUGUCGAAUUCCCAGAAGACUCCCCAAAAAGCCCACCAAAUUGGUCCUUUAACAAAAAGUUCUAUAAUGCCGUUGUAGCGCUAUUUAUUGUGCUUAAUAGCGGCAUCGCAGCUGGACUCCCAAGCAACGCAGUCCCCACUAUCAUGCAGGACUUCCAACAGUCCGGAGAUCAGCAAAAGGUCCUACCAACUGCCGUUUUCCUUAUUGGGUAUGUGGUUGGGCCUCUACCUUUCAGUCCCCUGAGUGAAACUAUCGGACGGAAACCCGUUCUUCUAUUCUCAUUUACAGUGUUCGUCCUCACUACUUUAGCUUGUGCCCUGGCGCCCAAUUGGUCUUCUCUCCUCGUGUUUCGGGCAAUCGGCGGUGUUGUGGCAGCUGCUCCUCAGACCGUCGUUGGCGGUAUCUAUGCAGACCUAUUCUCUGAUCUGCGAACUCGUGGUCGAGCCAUGGCAAUGUAUAUGUCGGCUUGCAGCUUCGGUCCUGUCUUAGGUCCUAUUAUCUCUGGAUGCUCGGUCAAAUAUGGCUGGCGAUGGACUUUCAGGAUUCACCUCAUCAUGACUGGUGUUACCUGGUUGGCUCUGUUGUUUAUGUCUGAAACUUUUACUCCUGUACUCUUGAAGAGACAAGCCGCCAAGUUUAGAAAGGAGACGGGGUCCAAUCGCUACUUCUCGCGCCAAGAGCUAAACCUGGACUCGAAAUUCACUGUCAUGCAAAUUAUCACUCGCCCUAUCACCAUGCUCCUCUUCGAGCCAAUCAUCUCUUCAACUGCAGUCUAUAUCUCCUUUGUGUAUAGUCUCAUAUUCUUCUAUUUCCAGGCCUAUCCCAUCAUCUUCGGAGGUGUUUACGGUUUCACGAUUGACAAAGUUUCCCUCACUCUCAUCCCGAUUGGCAUCGGCGCCGUGUCCUCCGGCCUCGUCACACUCUACUUCGACGUAAUCUAUGAAAGAGCGAAAAAGCUUGGCAAAGAAUGGACCGCCAGCCCAGAAUGGCACCGACUUCCUCUAUCCUUCAUCGCAGGGCCCUGUCUAACAAUAAGCAUGUUCUGGCUCGGCUGGACAGCACAGCCAAGCAUCCAUUGGAUCGUACCCGUGCUAUCCGGUCUUCUCUUCGGAUUCGGCUUCCAGAUCAUCUUCAUCUCGCUUCUUACCUACGUGACCGACGCAUACAAGAUCUACUCUGCUAGCGCAAUGGCAGCUUCUGUCAUCAUACGCAGCAUCGUUGGAGCCCUUUUCCCGCUCGCUGCUGAUCCGCUCUAUAAGGCUCUGGGUGUUUCUUGGGCUACUUCUCUCCUUGGGUUUAUCAGUCUGGCUUGCAUUCCUAUUCCUUUUAUUUUGUUGCGCUGGGGUCCUUGGAUUCGAGAGAGAAGUCCAUUCUGUCAAAGGCUGAUUUUGGAGGAGAAGCUUAGGGCUAGUGGGUCGAAUACACCAGAGCAUGUGUAG